GUUGUGUUGUCACUGUCAAAUGCAAUGCAAGCAAUAAGCAAAGUGGAUACAAAAUUCUGAAAUUCUUAUUUUGUAUAAGUAUCAAUGAAUUUUCGUAUUUUUUUUGUGUUAUUCGUGAAUUAUUCGUUCUACAAAUCUGUUUAUCCUUCCAUGGAAUGGUAACAGUGAGGAAGAAAACCUGCAAAGCCGUUCUAUAACGUUGUGGGUUAUUUUGUGUUUUUAGCAUCAAAAAUGGCUAAAUCAGAAAUAAAUACGAAGUCUCGCCACUACAUUCGAGACAAGGAAGCGUUUUUAAAGGAAUUGAAGCAAUUCAAUGAGUCCAAGAACAUACCUUGGAAGCCACCUAUAGUAAAUGGUGUAGAAAUUGAUUUAUAUCAUUUCUAUUCACUGGUCCAACAACGAGGAGGACUUAGCAAGGUCAAUCAAAAUGACACUUGGGAAACAUUUUUGAGGCCACUGCGGCUGCCACAUCCCUGCGUGAAUGGGUCUACGUUGCUGAGAAGGAUAUAUUCAAUGCAUUUGGAGAAAUAUGAGCGAGCAAAAGGACCACCAGGACGGGAUGACGACAACGACCUCGACGAGGACCCCCGCCGGACCCGCGGGGGCGGAAUGCCGCGAAUAUCUUUCGGUGGUGGUAUUUACAUUUCAGCUACAGGUGAGACCCUCCGCACUGGCACUCGUAUAGCUGGGCCUUCGGAAAGGCUGGCCCUUUCGCUGCUGUCCCCGAUGCCUAACGAACAAGACUUUGCAGUCAAUGUGUGUACAGUGCUAGCCGCUGACCAUUCCAAUAGACUGCCAUUGGCUACUACACCACAUAUACUGGACUUUUUGCUGGCGCACGCUGGUGUUUACAAUCAUGCGAGUCUUCGCGACACAAUCGGGCGUUCGUACUACGAAGCGCGGGGUCGUUACCCUGACGAGUUUUGGAAAUUAAGGGCUGGGGGUGGGGGCGCCAGGGAGUUAGCAGACGAGACCAAAUUCAUGCAGUUAGGGGUGGAGCAACCGGAGUUGAUGGUACAAGCUUUGGCGGCUCAUAAUGCCUUGACCGACUGUCUGAUGCAGGGAAGUGAGGAUGAUGACGUCAUUGAGAAGAUUUUGGAGGAGCAUCCAGACGUCUUAGAAGACUGGGUGACUGAACCAUCAGACGAAUCACAGCUGUUCGCGCCAGAGUUGCCGGGCGGUGCUGCGUGUGUGUAUACGCAACGGGUGCUGCAAGUUGCGUCCAUUGUGCGUUCUUUAUCCUUCCACGAGGAAAACGUGCAGUAUCUGGCCAAGAACACCACGCUUAUAAGAUUCCUGUUGCUAUGCGCCAACUGUUGGGUGGGGUCCCUCCGCCAGUCCGGACUCGACACACUUGGGAAUAUCUCUACGGAACUGGUUAUUAAGGAUCCAGCAACAUGUCUGAUCUCACGUCACGUGGUGUCCACCAUCCAAUCAGCGUUAGUAUCUCUAGACCGAGCGAGAGUAUUAGCCGCUUUGGAACUACUGAACAAACUGGCGCAGAACGAGAACAACGAAGAACCGUUGUUGAAGGCUGCAGAGGCUAAGGUGUACGCGGACGUGUGCUCACUGCUGACGCUGCGGGACAUAAUGGUGCUGGUGUGCACGCUGGAGUGCGUGUACGCGCUGACGUCGCUGGGCGGCGCGGCCAGCGAGGCCGUGGCGCGCGUGCCCGGCCUCGUCUCCACGCUGCUGGCGCUCGUCACUGUCGAGGCUCAAAGCUACGGCCCUCGCGCGUGUAUUCUCAUGAGGGUCGUGGAAACUGUGAGCGGGCCUAGCGCACUGGCGGCGGCUGAGCAGGAGGCGCAAGAGAGACAACAACAACAACAGCAGCAAUCCCAACCGGCCCUCGCGCCGAAGCCCGCAGCGGAGCAACAACAACAGCUACAACAAAUACAACAGCAGCAACAAUCACAACAAGCGGUGUCCGCCGCUCCCAACACCCCCAUGUCCAACAUACAACAGUCGCAUUUACAGCAGAAGACCGUACAAGAAAACGAGCAUUUCGCGCAAGCGUGGCUGCGUUCGUCAUACGAGCCGCUGCCCGCCAGCGACAACAGCGCCUGCGACGCGGCUGAGCUGUACCGCCAGUACCUGCAGUGCUGUACGAAGAUGGGGAGGAAGGGGGUCAUUGCGCCACAGCACUUCCCCAGACUCGUCAGAACGGUGUUCGGCGGGACAGUGGGACCAAACACAGUGACAAUCGCUUCGGGAGAGACACAGCAGGUCUACAUCGGUAUCCGGUCUAGGAAUCCGCCGAACAGAACUAACCCACCAGCAGGUCCUUCGUCGCCGAUACUGAAAGCGCAACUGACAAAUAAACCGGGUGCAGCCGAAGUGAAACCUGCAGUCACGCAGGCGCAGGCGCAGCCGCCGCAGCCGCCGCAGCCGCCGCUGGCCGCGGAGCCGGCGUCGGCGCCCAGCACGACGCUCAUCAAGCACCUGCUCGCGCACAAAGUAAGCCCGCCGACGACAGCGCAAGUGGCCCAAAGGCAGCAAAGUCAGCAAAGAGUUGGCACCACAGUCGUACAAUCAAACCAGGUGAUGGAUGUGGAUCCAGAAGCCCUAAUCAAGUGCACCACAAUUACUCCGGGAGGAGUCGCCAGCACGACACCAGCAGGAGAUAAGGUGAUCAUAAAUGCGGCUGACGACUCAUUAUUGAUCAAAGAUGAGCCGGUGCAGAUCCAAAUUGACGAACAGUCACAGCUAACUAUAAAAACAGCACAAAACAAAAUGCUCGCCGAUCUACUCGAGAAAAAAUCUAACCCUCCCGUUCAAGUGGUCCAAAUGACCCCCCAAAUUAACGCCCCCACCAUCCAAAUAACGGAGACGGGACAAAUAGUCCAAGUAAAACCUGACCCUCCAGUUAUACAAAUAAACGACUCCGGAGUCAUACAACCUAGCGGCCAGUACUUUCAAAUAAAGAACGAACAAGGCCAAGUGAUUCAAAUAAAGAACGAUCAGGGACAAAUCAUUCACUUGAAGAGUGAACAGAUUCAAGCGCCGAUCGUGUACAAGAAUGAUCAGAUUGUGAUAAAAAAUGAUGUGCCGGCUUUGGUGAAGUGUGAGAAGGAUGUAGUUGAUACUGUGGUGACUGAUCAUUCGUAUACGGAACCGCCAGCGAAGAAAGUGAAGGUGGAAGAAAAGAGAGACAAUGCUCCACAAGAGAGCGUGUCGAAAACAGCAGCGAAUUUGUAUGCCGCGCUCGCCGCCUCCGCGCUAGAAGAUGAAGAGGAUUUGGUAAGGAAGCAUACUCGACCAUCCGGAAUAUUGGUAGCAUCAUCUAUACGUAAAAAGGUACCCCCGAAACAAGAGUCCAUGGACGUGAUCCAACCUUCGGUGCUGGUCGCGGGCGCCGACAAUUCGGUUAUUAUACAGGAACCUAUAUUGCAGGUGCAACAACCGACUUUGCAAGUGCAGCAGCCUACAUUGCAAGUACAGGCUCCUACUUUGCAGGUUCAGCAAUCAACCCUGCAAGUACAACAACCGAUGCUGCAAGUCCAGCCUAUGGAUGUUCAGAACAUCAUCGCAUCACAAUCCGGACAGAUUAUAUUACAAGAGAAGACAAUGGCAUCACAGCCGACGCAGUACAUGCAACAACCGAUGCAACUUAUUGCUACACCAAGCACUUCGCAAGGUGGCUUGAGUUACAUAGCUCAGAAUAUACCUGGUAAUAUGAUGCAGAAGACUAUCAUUAUCGUGCAGGGUCCUACCGGAGGUGGACCACUUACACUAACGGUCAACAAUCCGGCUGGUUUGGACGAGGCGACGCUAAGCAGCCUUAUUACACAGGCAACAGAGGCCAUUUCCCAACAGCAAAUUAUACAGAACUCUGGCGUGAUACAAUCAACACAGAGGGUGAUAGUCAGUCAGCCGACGCUAGUGAGCACGUCACAGCAAAUCACAGUGGUGAAACCCGCCAUCGCUCAGAAUGCCCCCCAAAUAACGCCAAGCCAGCAACCUAUUAUAACCACCCAGCCACAGCCACAUAAGGCUCAGAUAGUCAACCAGCCACAGCAACAAAUUGUGGUCACCCAGAAACAGCCACCGGCGUUGAUAAGCACAUCGGCUGGCAACCAGAUCAUACAGGGCAACCAGCAAAUUAUUCAAGGCAACCAACAGCUGUUGCAAGGGAACCAGCAGAUUAUAGCCGUAUCCAACAACCAACAGAUUAUAGUGAACACACCCAUGAAACAGACGAUUCAUAGAGUAGUACAACCACAGAGAAAUCAGACUCCUGUGAGCCAGGCAGAGACGAAGACUGUUAUACAGACCAGCGGAAAACCACAACAGAUGCGACAAGUCAUAACUCGGCAGCCAGUGAUGGUUGGCAACACCAAAGUUGGUGACAAAGAGCUCAUUGUCAACCAGCCCGUCACAGAGCCGCCGGCGCCGGCGACCCCGAAGCCGUCGGCCACGCCGCCGCCGCCGCCGCUCGACGACACGCCCUGGAUUUGUCAUUGGAGAGGUUGCAAUAAAUCGUUCGCGAAUGCAGCGGAAGUAUUUACGCACGCUGCGCGUACGCACUGUCCCACAAACGCGGCGGGUGAGGCGCCUUGUAUGUGGCUGGAUUGCGAUCGGGUUCCGAGGAAAACCUUCGCGUUGCUGAACCAUCUCACUGACAAGCAUUGUUCUACACACGCGCUAAAAGCGAUAUACAACUCGCGUCGGCACGCAGCCGCAGAAUCUGACAGCAACAAGCCAGUUUCGCUCGGAUAUCCGCCAAACGCUGCACUCGCCGCUCUUAACAAACAUGCGGCUGAUAUGUUCAACCCUAGAGAACUUAUGCACCGCGCCGACCACACUCGCACCGCGGAGCUACCGGAUGAAAAUGAAGGUCCCGUCACGAAGAGUAUACGGUUGACAGCUGCGUUGAUACUGAGGAAUAUUGUGAUUUAUUCCAAUACUGGCAGAAGACAACUCCGUUCGUACGAAUCUCAUUUAUCGUCGAUCGCUCUGAGCAACGUGGAGGCCUCCCGGACGAUUGCCCAGGUGCUAUACGACAUGAACAACAUUUGAGAUUCGAGUGACGGGCACAGACCCGAGUAAACUUAAACUUUACUAUCAGUGGCAUAAUUUUAGGGCCAAUUUUAUUUAUUUCUUAAAGCAGCGGGAAAUCGAUCCACGAUUGCUUGGUUUUAUAGACAAAUAUAUGUGUAAACAAGUACAAAAAUAUACGCCAGGAGCUUUCAUAUGGCGGACGGGCGUGGUGACCACUAUUGAUGUCGUGAAGACCAAGUAAUGUGUUAUGAACAGACGAGCAAUCGAAUUUUUAAAAUUCUAGUACAUUUUGCAUUGACAAUAUAAUAGCAUGAUUUUUGAGGUCCAUAAUUACAAGAGAACUAUUGUAAAAUAAAUUUACGCCUUAUCUAUUAUUUGUCUGUGGCAGCAAUGCUAUUUAUUGUCUCUUUCAAAUGCUGAUUCUUUUUCAAAUGCUGCAAUGAAUAACAAUUUUGAAGCAAGUUAUUUCAAUAACAAUUAUAUUAGGCUAUGGGCUGUUUAACAUUGUUUGAAUUCUCCUAAAUUUUGUAUCGGUAUUACAAUAAAAAAAAUACAAAAUAAAUAAGAGACGGCUAUAUAUUUAUGAGAGAGGGGAAAUAUGUAUCUAAUGAUAUUAUGACACGACUUAAUUUUUUAUAUACAUGUUUGAUCAAUUUUAAUUAGAUCUAUAGGGCGAUAUAAAUCAGGUAUUGAAUUAUAGUAAUAGAAUAAAAAUGUUCUGUUUAUACAUUUUGUUUCUGUACUAUAACUAAUUUUCUUGGUAUAAAUGUCGAAACGACGUAUUCAAAUAUACUUAAUUUUAAUUUUGGCGAUAAAUGGCGAUUUCCGAUACUGAAAGACUGCAGAUGCUAUUUCUAUAAUUUUCAGAUUAGUUUCAGACUCGUGUAUUCAUGAUCUGUGGUAAUGAUCAAGAAACUAUUAUUGUAUAAUCGAACACUUGUCAUAUUACUCCACAUAGAACUUUGUACUGCCGUAAUAAGAACGACUUUGCAAUGAAUUUGAUAUGUGCUGUUGACUGUACGAAUAUAUUUUCUUAUAUCCGUAACGUUCAUUCUUUUUAAUUAGUAUCAAUGAAUCUGUACUAAACAUUGUAAAAUGUUUAAGUAGAAAUUAUUAUUCAUAAGAAUAUAUUUUAUAUUGACGUGAAUUCGGAUGAAUGUUAGAAUAAGUGUCCCGUAAGUAUGAUAAUUUACAAUAGCAGUGGUAGAAAUAAUAAACGAAAUAUUUAAGAAAU